AUGGACCCUGCCACCGCGACCGACUCGGGUCUGCGCAAGAGGGCCACCGUCCAGGACCAUCGCGACAACGACUCGCCCCACACGUCGUCGGAAACGCUCCAGGCCGCCGCAGACCCCGCAAACGACUCGUCCCUCAAGGACCACCCCGCAUCGCACCAGCAUGACCGGGUAAAGGGACGCACCCCGGACGGCACCGUCUUUGACGUCCCGCACACCCCGGACAUGCUGACGUCGAUCUUUGACCCUCGCCAGCCAAAGACGCCGCUCGACCUCAUCACGAUCGCUUCGCUCGCCUCCCAGCUGCUCGCCUACUUUGCCCUCUCGCGCAAGUCGGCCCAGGUCUUUUUCUUCUUCUACUUUUUCUUCUGGCGCGCGUCGUACAAUGCCGGGCUCGGUCACAUCCUCAAGCAGCAGAGCGAGUCGGGAUGGAUCGUCAACCUCGUCAAGCAGCAGGGCUGGAUGGACGAGAAGCGCAAGCCAAAGGUCCGCGCUUGGGUUAAGCAGCAGCUCGUCACGAAAAUGGAGAAGGACUACGACUUCGACGCCCUUCCCCUGGACUACAACAUCUGGCUCCUGUUCCGCUCCAUAGUUGACCUGAUUCUCAUCAACGACUUCGUCGCCUACUCGCUCUUCGCCUUCUCCUGCACGCGCCUCCCCGAGGGCCACUCGGUCAUGAUGCACGUGCUCCGCUGGGUCGUCGGCUGGGCGCUCAUCUUCUUCAACCUCUGGGUCAAGAUGGACGCCCACCGCGUGGUCAAGGACUACGCCUGGUACUGGGGCGACUGCUUCUUCCUCUGCCUCCAGAGCCUCGUCUUUGAUGGCGUCUACGAGAUCGCCCCGGACCCGAUGUACAGCAUCGGAUACGCCGGCUACUACGGCCUCUCGCUCGUCUCGGGCAGCUACGCCGUCCUCUUCGUCUCGCUCGCCGCCCACUUUUUCCAGUUCCUCUUCAUGUGCUACUUUGAGGGCCCGCACAUCGAGCGCGUCUACGGCGAGAAGAAGCCCCUGGCCGCCAGGGUUCCCCUGCGGACCGCCCCCUUCAACGCCGCGUCGAGGCGUGCCGCUACGGGGUCGAUCUCAGCCUCCAAUGCCGGCUCAGAUGCCGUCGCCGAGGAUCAAGGACUGUCGGCGGCCACCUCGCGGGUCGGCCUAAGCACGGCGACGCCGAGCCAGACGGACGGGAGCACCGCUGUCACCGACGACGACGACGAUGACGAAGAGGAGCGGAUGGAGAGGGCCAUCCGGCGCGCCACGCUGCAGACUGCCGCCUCGUCCAACGACGCCAUCGCCUCGCGCCUCCGCGGCUCGUUCUCGCAGCAAGAGUCAGAGGUCCGCGCGACCAGCCUGCACGACCUCCACCACCGCAUCUUCCGCAAGGACACGGUCGUCUUCAAGAACCUCGAUCUGAUGCGCGCCAAUGACUUCCUGCUGGUCGUCGCCUCGGUCUACGCCUUCUUCCCGCUGAUUGUGCCUUCCCUCGGCAACAACGCCCGGCUGACGCUCCUCUUCCUCAACGCCCUCGCCUGGCGCGUCUUCCACUCGGCCGGCCUCGGCGCGGUGCUCAAGGCGCAGUCCGAGAACAAGUGGGUGGUCCGCCACUUCCUCAAGCACUACAACUACGGCCGCCCCGACGACGCCAUCUUCGAGGCGUUUUCCAACUGGAAGGUCAUCUACAACACCAGCCUCGUCAUGACCUACGCGUCGUUUGGCGCGCUGUGCUGGAACUGCUACGCCCCGAUCGGCACCGACUGGACCGUGGGCACCGACCUCCUGCGCCACACGCUCGGCCUCGUGCUGAUCGCGCUCCACGUCUGGACGGCCAACUCGUCGUACAACGUUCUCGGACCCUUUGGCUGGCUCUAUGGCGACUUUUUCGUCGACGAGUACCCGCACCAGCUCUACUACACGGGCAUCUACCGCUUCCUCAACAACCCGGAGCGCUCCAUGGGCGGCGCGGCCUUUUUCGGCCUGACGAUGAUCAGCGGCAGCAAGCUGGCGCUGACGAUGGCCUUCAUCUCGUACGUGGCCCACUGGGGCUUCCUCUCGUUUGUCGAGGGACCGCACAUGAACAAGCUCUACGGCGAGGCGGCGGUGCGCAAAGACUCGGGCGUCACCAAGCAGCUCAAGAACGUCACCCGGACCGACCUCUUCCGCGCGGCCCAGGAGCAUCCGGGCUUCAAAAACAUGCAGGGCACCUUCGAAAAGGUGCACCGCGACGCCACGUACGCCUUUGAGGACUUUUUCAGCAAGAACCGCCCCAAGCUCGAGGGCGUGCUCGAAGACACCAAGAUGAUGCUGCAGCAGAGCCGCGAUCGCCUGCUCAUCGUGCGCGUCAACGAUAACCUGCAGGUGGACCGAUCCAAGUACAAGGUCGAGGUCCAGCCCUCGGCCAGCACGGGCACGCUGCGCUUCCACCUGGGCGAGGCCAUCAAGGUCAGCUGGACCGCACCCACCACCCACUCGCGGCGCGACUGGAUCGGCAUCUACCUCGUGUCGCGGCUGGGCGAGAGCCGCACCGGCGGCAGCGGCGAGAUGGAGCUGGUGACGAAGAUUUCGUCGCAGGGCAAGUGGCUGGGCGUGGCCGAGGACGAGUGGGAGGGCGACGUGCACACCGGCUCGACGGACUCGACGUCGGGGCUCGGCAGCGACGGCGCAGCGACGCGCUCCGCGGCCGACGGCGUCGUCCGGGGCACGACCGUCUUCCAGGGCACCAAGCUGCCCUGGCGCACGGGCGUGUACGAGGUGCGGUACCACCACGACGGCAAGCACAACCUGCUCGCCCGGUCGGCGCAGCCGCUCGAAAUCUACAUUGACGCGCCGCAAGACGAAGAGGACCUGGAGCAGACGUACGCCGUGCUGGCCAAGAUUGUCGCCUUUUCGCUGCAGGCGGCCGACCCGAGGGCGCAGCGCACAAAGAGGCUCAGCAUCUCGCAACCCGCCGAAGACGCGCAGGUGCCCGCGGCGUCGCCGCAGCCCGAAGUCGAGGCCGGAACCGAUCCGGACGAUUUCACCAUCUGGGACCUCGACCAGGCGCGGCGCAUCGCAGAGGCCAUCAAGAUGGCCUUUGGACUCGAACUCUCCACCGAAGUCGUCGUCGCCGAGGCCAAUACGCGCCGACUGGCCCGCGACGUCGUCGAGGGGAGGAAGGUGCUCCGCCCCGAGUUCCGUCCUAGGCUCGUGUGA